UUUGUGGUAAGGUGGUCUCGCUGGGUUUGAGGGCACGGCCAUGCUCUUCCGCACUGCACUCAGGUGGAUGCUUCAGAAGACACCGCACAGCCUCAUCACCUCGCUUCAGCCUUCAGGUGGACACUAGCAUGGCGUUUGCAGGAGUACUGAAACAGGAGGACAUCGAAGUGGCCGUCCAGGCCUGCCAAGCUCCAGGCACUUUUGUGAUGAAGUCGUUCUUUCAGCAAGCAGGCCUGUCUGGCAAGACGACGGCAGACUGGCAGGAAGUGUUCAAAGUCCUUGACCAAGACAAGAGCGGCUUUAUUGAAGAGGAAGAGCUCAAAUUCUUCCUGCAGAACUUCGUCUCAGGAGCCCGAGAGCUGACAGAGUCUGAGACCAAGGCCUUUCUGGCAUCUGCAGACUCUGAUGGAGAUGGCAAAAUUGGCAUGGAGGAAUUCUGCACUCUGCUGAACUGAAUCAGUGAAAUAUCUUCUGGACCUGAUGGAGACCAACUGGAAUUUUCUGUUGUUCUUUUUUCCAGCAAAUUAUAGUUUAAUCAAACAUAGUUUAAUCAAAAAUUUGGUUUAAUAAAUUAAUGAAUUAUGAAAUAAACUUUAAUUGUGGAAA